UCUCGAUGGUUUUAUGACACCAGAAAAGGCGAUUCAAGACGAAUACGGAUUGAACACUAGAUAAAAAGCAAUCUCUCUUUUUCCCUUUCUUCUUCUUUUUCACUCUUUUCUUCUUCAAUGACAAUCACAGAACAAUCGCCUCUCUUGGGAAAACAAGUUGUUAAAAAACCAUCACCAUGGUAUAUUAUUGCACCUAUGUUUGCUGUCACUUUUGCUUUUGGUGCAUUGUAUGCUCCACUGAUUCAGUUCUAUACUGUUGUGUUUUGUUACAAAUAUUAUGAGUCUCAAGCAAACAAUAACCUUGAAGGAGAUGUUCCAUCUAUUGAAGACUGCGCUAUUCCUGAAGUUCAAGCAAUUGUAUCAAAAUCACAGGCUAUUAUCAUGUUCUUGACUUCUGCUUCAUGCUUAUUAUCUGCAAGUUAUUAUGGUUCUCUAUCUGAUAGAAAAGGUCGUCGUAUUGUGCUACUCAUCAGCUCAUUGGGUAGCAUGAUGACUAUGAUCGCUUACAUCAUGACAAUCCAAUAUACCCAUAUCUUUGGUAUUUCUUUGCUUUUCAUUGCACCCAUUAUUCGUGGUUUAUUUGGUGGUGAUAAUAUCCUUAUCGUGACAGCACAGGCUUACAUUUCAGACUGUACUACGCCCAAGUCAAGAACCAUUGCUUUUGGCCAUUUGAUGGCAGUUGUCUUUUUAGGUCCCACUAUUGGACCCACUGUAUCUUCUUAUAUUCUCAAGACAACAGGAAACAUCACACAUGUAUUUAUAAUGGUCCUUUUGGUUAAUAUCAUAUUCGAACUCUAUGUGUAUUUUAUCCUGCCAGAAUCUCACGAUUUUACCAAGUUUAACGCUAAAAAAAAGACCACUUUCCUGCAACGCAUCAAUGUAUUUUCGGCCCUCAAUAUCUUAUUUACCACGGCUUCUAAGCACGCCAACCGAUACGCUCUUGUGCUUGCAGGUGGUAUUCAAUUCUUCUUAAACAUGCUUAUCAUGCCUCCCACACUCCUGUAUGCCAUGCUCAAGUUUGGCUGGACCGCUUAUGAAGGUGGACUCUAUAUCAGUUUAGCUGCAUUUACACGAUUAUUGGUCAUGGUCCUUAUUCUUCCGGUGGUUUCAAAAUUGUUUCACAAGAACAAAGCUUUUGUUGAUAAGGAAAGAAAGUCAUCUUUUGCUUCAACCUCUACUUCAUCUUCUUCUCUUGCUCAAGAACGAAAGAACGAAAAGCCGAAAGACGAUCAGCCUCAUACAGAACAAGACUAUCAACAUAUAAUUAAAUUUGAUACUUGGAUGAUUCGUAUCGGCAUGUUGGUGGAAAUGCUUGGCUUUAUUGCGUUUGGGUUUGUCAAGACAUCCACUGAACUUGUGGUGGUCGGUUCUCUUCAGAGUUUUGCCUUGUUGGCUGGUCCUUCAAUUCGGUCUCUUCAAGUGACUUUAGUCAGUCCAGCUCAAGUUGGUGAACUGAUGGGCGCUAUUGCUGUUGUCGAAUCCAUUAGCAGUAAGUUUUUUUUAAAAAAAGUCAAAGACGGUUGAUACUAAUCAUAGCUAUCUAGCAAUUGCUUCCCAAUUGACGAUAAAUACUAUUUAUAGUGCAUCUGUCAAAACGAUGCCUGAACUUACAUUUUUUGUCUGUGCUGCGAUUGCUGGUACUGCUUUUGUUUUAGCUUGUUUUAUAUACCCUUCUAAUCAACAACAUUCUGAGGAACAAGAAGCUUAAAUUUAUCCAUGUACUAAAAACAAACAAAUUUACUUCUUUGAUUACCCCAUAUUUGUUGUUAUUUCGAUUUUAUUUGGUAUGAGUAAAAUUUAGAUGAUAUAUUUGGCGUGCUUUUCGUCCUCAGUUUUUGCACUUUUUUUUGGAGUACCAAGCUUAGCAUGAGAUCUUCAUUUAUACACUAACUUUUCUUACCAUUUCUUUUUUUGAAUCAAUCUGACAAGCCAUUGAUAAGCAUAAUAGUACCAAAAGUGUGUUGGUAUCCUGAUACAGGCAAGUGUUUUCCUA